AUGGAAUGGAAUGUGUCAAACUUGCCUGAUACAUGGGAACGCCACCCUUGGCUUGGCUCACGACGUCCAGGAGUGCUCCCUGGAUUAGGUGAAGUGGCAGUGAAGGGGUUGGCCAUCCAAUCUGGACAAGGGCUGAAGGAAAUUAAAAAUGAAGUCGUGUUGAUUGGCAAACUUCAACAUCGUAAUCUUGUUAGGCUUUUGGGAUACAACAUGAAGGAUCAUGAAAUGAUACUACUCUACGAAUACAUGCCAAAUAAAAGCUUGGAUCAUUACAUAUUUGAUAGGACGCUUUGUGUGACUCUUGACUGGGAUUUACGGUUCGAUAUCAUCAUGGGAAUUGCUCGAGGACUUUUGUAUCUUCACCAAGAUUCACGGUUGAGGAUUAUUCAUAGAGAUUUGAAAGCAAGUAAUGUGUUGUUAGAUGAGGAUAUGAGAGACGGGUUUUUUUCAACAAAUGCCCCCAUACGUGACGGGGCCCCCACGGGAACGGGGUCCCACUGGACUUUUUGA